GCACCGCGAAUCAGUCGCAAAAAAGUGCCCGUCGCCAGAACGCUGAAAAACAGCAAACAAUUAAGACAAAUAAACAGAUCCGAAAUAGAAAUAGUAAUUGAGUGACAAGAAGCAGCCAAAAGUGAGAGCUGCCGCAGAAUCGAAUAUUUUGAAAGGGAGAAAAGAGGAAACCGCCGAGAGGAUAACGAAAGCGCAGCCCCCGCAAACGUGCGACCCCCUCCAUCAGUCCAUCAAUCCAUCAGUCCAUUCAGCCAGCACUAUUCCCAUAUCCAGAUAGUCCGAAUAUCGAGAAAGGCGACGAAGGCGCAGGAGAAAGGAGCAGGAUCCAAACACAACCGAAACACAACAAACCCAAAACACACACUCCACAAAGAUGUCAUGGAGAUAUGCGCUUCUCACAGACAGAUACAGCAGCAGCAUCGGUGAUAGAUAUAGUCCCCACUAUUAUCAGUCGCCCAGCCGCAUGGAGACCUCCGAACAGACCACUGGCCGUCAGCUGCAGCGAGUCCUGCACUACUCGAUGGCUCCUAGCCGGGCACUCCCAGGACUCCGGCGCGCCGAGUGCGCCAUCCACGACGUAGACUGUGAUGAGGUCUAUCCGGGCAUCUACAUUGGCGAUGCUGCGGCGGCCAAAAACAAAACCUAUCUGAGAAUGAUGGGCAUCACCCAUGUCCUGAACGCGGCCGAGGGAUGUCGCUAUGGUCAGGUGGACACCGGACACAGUUACUACCGGGAUAUGCCCAGCAUCAGACGCAACCAUAAGGAUUGUGUUUUUAGGUACAUGGGCUUCCCCAUGGUCGAUGCCCCAACGACGGACAUCUCACGAUACUUCUACGUGGCCUCCAAGUUCAUCGACAGCGCCAUCAGCAGUGGCGGCAAGAUCCUGGUCCACUGCCUGGUGGGCAUGUCCCGAUCGGCCACCUGUGUGCUGGCCUACCUGAUGAUCUGCCGGAAGAUGUCGGCGGUGGACGCGAUACGCACGGUGCGGAUGAGGCGCGAUAUCCGGCCCAACGAUGGAUUCCUGCAGCAAUUGGCCGAUCUGGAUAUGGAGCUCAAGCGCAAGAACCUGUAUCCCUAUUAGUGGGACUUACUGGGCAAUUGACGGGGAGCCUGAGAUACAACCAAAGAUCCAAGAGAGGAACGGGGGGAAUGCGGCGCGGUUCUUGAGAGGAUCCGGCAACUAAACCAAAAUAAGAAUAUUAUUAUGAAAUGCAAAAUGAAAUCGUUGUUCUGAAAAAUUGAAGCCUACAAAGCUAACGACUUAUAAUGGUAACUUGGUCUUCUGAUAUAUAAACUGUUCAUCCCCAAAACUGUAUAAUCGCGGCAUACCCAUAUUGUAGGACUAAUAAACACAUAUAUAUAUACAACCGGCCAGAAGGGAAUCAAGUUAUCUCCACUCUCACGAAAAAGAAAAACACUCACCCGAUGACACACACUUAGAGACCUAGAUUGGUAGAGCCACGAUCGAAGCAAUACGAGGCGAUCGACCUAUAUACCUUGCCUAUACCUAGAAAUACAGAUUUAUAUACAUGUAUUCCGGACCCACAUCCAUCCGUAUUUUUUCUAAGGCUCAUCUGUGUUAACGUUCUGUUCCAUCUCCAUCACCACCCCCAUUUCCAUUUCCAUACCAAUCCCCAUCUGCAAAAGCAAUCCCGACUCUUCCAUCCUCAACAAAUGUCUACAUAUAUAGGAAGAAAGAGCUGAAACUAGAUCAUGAACAAUGUUUGCGGACACAAACGUAACCAGAUGCAUAUAUACUGAUAUAUAACUGUGUAACGGAUAUACAAGCAUGCGUUAUAUACACCUAUACCAUAUAUACUAUAUACACCAAGUGUGGACAAUGUAAUAAAACCAAAUUCAUAUUUUCUAGAAAAUGUACGAUGUUUAAGAGCAGACGAAACAAAUAACUAAACCAAAUCAAAUGAGCAGAACAAGUAACUAAAAACUAAAACUAUACUUAAGAAGUGAUUAAUAAUAAAAAACAAAACAAAACUAAAACAAAA